GCUCUGUAGAUAAAGCUGGCCUUGAACUCAUAGAGAUCCGCCUGCCUCCUCUGCCUCUGCCUCCCCACUGCCUAGAGACUGAUGCGGAACGGCAGGCUUAGGUUCCAGAGAGCACUGCUCUGUGGGCAUCUCCCGCCCCUGUGCAUCCCGGGGCGGGGGCCCUGGUGCGAACAAGCCCCGGCUUCUCAUCCCCAGCCCCGGGGACCAUCUCUUGGACUAGAUCAGAGCAGCGUGGAGGGGUAGGUCUGGCACCCAGCAGCAAGGCGGCAGGUGACCAGUGUCCACGAGCGGGUGCCGCCGCAGAAAGGCCGGCCGAGCGCUGCAGCCAUCUUCGGGGUGGAGGCGGAGAAGGGGCGCGGCCUUGGCCCGGAGCCGCCCCGCCGGAGCGGCGCACCGCGGACUUCCCUGCUCCUGCGGCGCCCAGGCGCGCAGAGGCCGCCAUGGGCUGUGCGCGCUGGCUCGCCCUGGGCGGCCUCCUGGCCCUGGCCGGGCUGCUGCAGGCCAGGCUGCUGCUCCCGAACCAAGCGGGCUUCGGAGAGUGCGACCGCUUCUUCUACGCGGGGACCCCGCCCGCUGGGCUGGAGACCGAGGCGCACGUGAAGAUCUGUCAGCGCUUCGCGGGCGCCGAGCGCUUUGCCACCCUGUACAGCCCGGGCCACCGCAUCCCUGUGUUCUCCGCGUUCCGCGCUGCGCGCCCCGCGCCCCUCAGCACCGAGCAGCGCGGGCUGCUGGAGCCGCAGAUUGAUGACCCUGACAGCAACCUUGAGGAGGUGAUUGAAGAGGCUGACGCUGUCACUUCCGUGAAUAAUCUGGGAAGCAAGCAAGCCUUGAAUGCAGACUACCUUGACUCUAACUAUGAAAUCGGACAGCUGUACCCAAUCCUCCUUAGUGGUGACCUCCAGGCACCCACAUUCCCACUCACAAAUUCAGUUCCAAUGACCCAGUCUUUCCGGAAACGAUGGCAUAUGAAUCUCAACAGCCUUAUGGACCGAGCCUUGAUUCCACACUGUGGAGAUGGCAAAGACCUGUAUAUCCUCACAGGCGCUGUCCCCUCAGACCACAGAGUUAAGGGCAAAGUGACUGUCCCAGAAUUUGUCUGGCUGGCAGCCUGCUGUGACGUUCCUGGAGGAGGCUGGGCCAUGGGCUUCACCAAGCACACGCAGGGUGGUGACGUCAUAGAAGAUGUGCUGGUGAGAGACCUUGAGAAGCUGCUUCCUCAUAAGCCUCAGCUCUUCCGGGACAACUGUGGAGAGACAGAGCAAGACACUGAGAAGAUGAAGAAGAUUCUGGAAGUGGUCAACCAAGUCCAAGAUGAGGAGCGGUCUCUACAGUCUCAAGAGAGCAUGAGCCCCCUUGCCAGCACCCAAAGCCAGCAGUCUGUCCCGCUGUCCCCAGAAGCACCAGAAGGAGGAGGCAGCUUUCUGGGCAAAGUCCUUGGUUUCCUUUUGACCCCAUUCAUCAAACUUUUCCGGUUAAUUUAUUACAUCGUGAUAGCAGUCUUAAGGAAUGUAGUCCAUCUCCUUUGGUUUGUUGCCAAGCAUGUGAUAAAUGGCAUCGAGAGUUGCCUAUACCGUCUGGGCGCAGCCACCAUCUCAUACCUUGUAACCAUCGGACAAGAGUUGGUGGGCAUUCCCUGGAAAGUGCUCAAGGUCGUGGGCAAAGUCAUCAGGGCCUUUCUCCGGAUCCUCUGCUGUCUGGUGAAGGCUGUGUGUCGAGCUCUGAGCAUCCCUCUCCGAGUCCUGGUGGACGUAGCCACCUUCCCAGUGUACACCGUGGGGGCCAUCCCCAUUGUGUGCAAGGACAUUGCUGUGGGCCUGGGUGGCGCGCUCUCUCUGCUCUUUGACACUGCUUUUGGCACCAUGGGUGGCCUGUUGCAGGUUGUUUUCAGUGUCUUUAAGCGGAUUGGCUACAAGGGUCCUUUUGACAAUUCUGGGGAGUUGUAGAACUCAGAAACCUAGUAGGGUCCUUUGUGGUGGAUUUCAUUAUUUUCAAUAGAGAGCUAGACUGUUCUGUUUUCACAGCGGGGUCUGUCCUCUGUCAGCUCUUGUGUCAUGUUGCCUGGGGUGGGUUGUCUUUUUCUGCAAAGGAGUUUGGCACAAUUUAGACCUGAUCUAAGAGAAAUGUUCAGGGUAGGUUCGGAGUCAGGGUCCACUGUGCACCUACAGUUAUACAUGCAAGCUUCCAUGGGUGCGUUGACUUCAGCACUGUGCUCUGACUCCUAGUGAAACACCUGGACCAACCCUGGCUUGUUAUGAAAGGUAAAAAUAGGGAAGGAGAGGUUAAAGGUCAUGAGAAAUGGAGAAAGAAUCUUGUGCCUCCCGUUAAUCUGAGAGAUUUAAGGCAAAAGAUCUGAAUAUUGUUGUCCAGUCUCUUAGCAUUUCUUUCUCUUCCUCUCCGACCCAACCAACCCUGGGGAUGUGCUGGUGACUGCUCUGUUGAAAUCCCUCCCUACAGAGGCAGCAUCUGCCACAACAUCUGCCUGGUAUCAAGGACUUGUUUGAGUUACAUUUCUCCCAAAGCCGAAUUAUGAUUAGGGAGAGUCAGGUCCCUCCAGGUAUAAAGGGAGUGGGAAGGAGACAACAGUAAGUAGGUGCUGUGUGUCCAAGGACAUUCCUAGGGAGCUUUGAUGACUUAUAUUAAAUCUCUGAUUGACAAUGUUAAACACAAAAGAUUUGCAUGUUAAUCUAAUAUGAAGCUUCAUAUUUUGUGACAUCUAAUGCAUCAAGUGAGUACUUGAUACCAUAAAGCACUCUGACUUCUCUCCUGAAAUGAUUGUUAUAACUAUCUAGGUAAUAGACAAAAUGGAAAAUAUUCUAGCCAUCUCGGGCAGAAAUAGAUGUAUGUACAUAUUUAAGAAUCAUCUCUUAGAACAUUAUUUUUAUAGUAUAUUUGAGGCUAAAAUAUGUCUUUCAUUAAUGCAAGUUAAAUUUGAGAGCUUAUUCCUGAUUUUGAUCAAUCACUUGUAAUUUUAAAUCUUGCACUAAAUAGAUAACAAAGGGAACCAAACUUGCUUUGUGGGAACCAAACAUUCCCACAGUGGGAAUGGAUUGUCUAGUAUUUUUUCUGAGUGUUCCAAAGAGUUAUUGUGAAGGAGAAAAGGGCCACGUGUGGACUUAACUUGGGGACAUCCCGGUUGGCGGGAAGUUAGUUGUAAAGACUAGGAGUCUAGAAAGAAAUCAAAGAGGGAACAGUACAUCAGCUGUCCCCAGAGCUGGCAUAUGAGAGCCCGAAUUUAGCAAGAAUUAAGUUUUGCAGAAGAUGAUUUGAACUGCACCCGAGAAGAGUAGCAGCCUGCAAACUUCCAUUUGGCUAUGAUCUGGAGUCUGGACUGCAGACCUCACUUGGGUAGAUGCACAACUUUUAUCAAGACUCAUUACUAUGAGUCAUAUUUGUCAGGGUUUCUCUGUGUAAAUGGGAGUGUAAGGGCUUGUGUUGGUACUGAUGGGUCAAAAGAGGGACUCUCAGAAGUUGCCAGAGAAGCAGUCUGGCCAAUCCCCAUUUGUUUAGGUUCCAGAGGCACAAGGAGGCUGUAGGUUUGAUUUUGUUUGUGGGGCUAGCUGGAAGCAGGUUGCUAUGAGCUAAGACACUCCAUCACACCGCGUGUGCCUCCCUGAGUGUAAUUAGGAUUUUAUCACCUAUCAAAUACUCCAGCCUCUGUAUCAUCAACUGGAUUUGACAUGGUUAAUGAAAUGCCAGGUAUCCAUGAGAGACUGCAUCUCAUGUGGCUCUCUUUCCCUCUCAUUGAAUAUUUGCAUUCUUAGAGGCCCUAGUAGGGCACCCAUGGCACCUGAACCCCUUUUAGGGAACCACUUGGAAAUGCCCCCUUCCUGUAUUAAGAUGUCUGAUUAUCUUUGUGUGGCUUUUUUUUUUUAAAUGGGAAAGGAGAAUAAGACAAAAAUAUAUCCUUCAGGUUAGAGGCUGAGACCCUUCACUCUGGAGUUUCUUGUUGGCAGGGUCUCUGAGUCACUGGAACCAGCUGCAUGUGGCUUUGAAGUCCUACCAGGUCUCAGGGCUGCUGGUCCAUUGCCAGCAGGCUACUUGGGGCUCUGAGAUGGGAGUUUAGGCAGCUGAGCCCUGUCAUCAGCUUGGAGAUUUUGCUGUGGCUUCACUCCAUUCUCAGGCUCUUGGAGAUGCUGGCCAAUUCUGUCUUUCAUGGAGCUGUUUUUCUAGUCUGUGUCAGCCAUGUUCUUGGAUACACCCUCUGCCUUUUUGUGCCUUUUCUGCCUAAGGCAAACUGGGGAUUGGAAGGAACCAACUGAAGCAUCCGUGGUCUUCAUUCAUCCAUCUAUCUAGCAAACAUGUAUUCGGGCAUCAAGGUUGCAGAGAUGGAAAAAGCUCCAUCCCUAGGAGUUUCCAGUAUGGUGGGAAGAAGAGGUGGUGCAAUCCAUGCUGUGAUGUGUCCUAACAAGCACCGCACCGAGGGUAUCUGCCCUGCCCUCUCUAGCACAGGAAGAAAACCUGUGGGGAAUGAAGGACGAUGUUCCAGAGGGUUUGGCCGUAUCAAGCUAUGUACAAUGCUAUGUACCUUGUAGAUGCUCAAUAAAGUCGUUGACAACUCA